AGAUUAUUUUCAGUGUAAUAUUGCGUUGUUGUAUUGGGUCAGUAUUAUUUAUUGAUAAGUGUAAAGAUUGUAAAUUUCUUGAAACAACUGUACUUAAAUAGUUUGGGCUACAACAAUUAUACGUGUCUCAGUGCCUUUAUCUUAAAUCCCUGAAAAACAUGGCUCUUCAGCUUGGAGAUCAGUUCCCGAACUUCACCGUGGACACAACCCACGGCAAGAUCGAUUUCCAUCAGUGGGCAGGAGAUUCAUGGGUAAUUUUGUUUUCGCACCCGGCUGAUUUUACACCCGUUUGUACCACCGAACUGUCUGCUGUUGCCCGUCUGGUCCCGGAGUUUGCCAGUCGAAACGUGAAACCAAUCGCACUUUCAUGUGACUCGACGGAAUCACAUCGUCAGUGGAUCGAAGACAUCAAGCAUUAUGGCAAUGUAGACGACUUCAGCUAUCCCAUCAUCGACGAUGCCAAUCGAGAGCUGGCAGUCAAGCUCAACAUGCUCGACAAGGACGAAAUUGGUGCCCAGGGUUUGCCGUUGACUUGCCGGGCUGUGUUUAUCAUCGAUAGUAACAAGAAAUUGCGCCUUUCGAUACUGUAUCCCGCCACCACGGGUCGUAACUUCACCGAAAUCCUUCGAGUCAUAGACUCAUUGCAGCUGACCGACAAGAAGAAGGUUGCAACGCCGGCUGACUGGAGGAAGGGCGAAUGGUGCAUGGUGCAACCAAGUGUGAAGGAAGAAGAACUGCCAGCUUUAUUCCCUGAUGGUGUUGAAAAAGUAGAACUACCUUCUGGAAAAGGUUACCUUCGAAAGGCAUUUCCGUAAACUGACUUGUACUUAAUAAAUAUCAUUUUGAUGUAAAACUUAAAUGUUGUAACAAUAUAAAUACCACCAAUGGAUAAA